CAAAUAAAAAUGUUAUUCUAUUCAUUGGCAACAAUGUCAACACUAGAUCAUUUUUUAUUAUAAUAGAAGUGAAAUAUGUAAUUUAAUUUCGAGGCACCUCAAUAAUUCACAUUUAGAUACGUUUUCGAGUGGAUUAAAUCUCUCUAGUCCCAUUACUGAGAAGGCGAAGUGUAUUGGGAAAUGGGCCUAUCUUUCAGACAUUCAAUCUGUUCAAAAAAAUUCAAUAGAUAACUGAAAGGAGGCAUAACUGGAAAAGGAAUAAAGGAGUGAAAAUGACAGAUGAAAAAGAACGUUUUCCACUUCAUAAGGCUGUUUUUGAAAAUGAUUUACAAAACCUCUUCCGACUGAUAAGGAAACAUGAUGUUUCUACCAAAGACAAGCAUGGAAAUACAGCUUUACACUUGGCAGUAAUGUUGGGAAGGAAAGAAUGUGUCCAGCUUUUGUUGAAACAUGAUGCACCUGUAAAAGUGAAAAAUGGCUUAGGAUGGACGGUACUUGCUGAAGCUGUUAGCUAUGGAAAUCGCCCCACAAUCUCUUCUCUUGUAAGGAAGUUCAGGCAGCAAUCUAGAGAACAAAUGGAAGACAGACGUCCCAAUCUAGUUGAGGCUCUGAAUAGAAUCAAUGACUUUUAUAUGGAGCUGAAGUGGGAUUUUCAGUCAUGGGUACCAUUAGUUUCAAGAAUUCUACCUUCCGAUAUUUGUAAAAUUUAUAAAAGUGGAGCCAAUAUCCGGUUAGACACCACCCUUGUUGAUUUUUCUGAUAUGAGAUGGGAAAGAGGAGAUAUUUCUUUCAUUUUCAAUGGAUAUGCCAAACCAGAAGAUAGCCUCACAGUACUAGACAAUAUUUCAAAGGUCUAUCAGAAAGUUAGGCAUGAGGAAAGUGAAAUGGAAAUAGAAGAUGAAGUAGACCUACUUAUGUCAACUGAUAUAUUGGCAGCUCAAAUUUCUACGAAAAGCAUAUCAUUUUCUAGAGCUCAAAGUGGGUGGAUAUUCAGAGAAGAUAGAAAGGAAUUAGUUGCUGGACAGUAUGAAAGUGAACUAUACACUGUUCAUGGUUUAAUGUUAGAGAGCCGUAAACGAAGAGAACACCUCAAUUCAGAUGAUCUUCAAAAGAAUAAAGCUAUUUUGGAAAGUUUUACGAAGGGAGGAACCUUUCAAAACUUUGAUCAAAAUGGAGCUCCUGUAAGAAGAAAUAGUUUAAUUCCACCUCCUGAAAAAAAAGUUACAUGGGAGGAAUAUAUAAAAUCAGAUGUGAAUAAUUAUCCUAGAUUAGGAAGAGAUCUCGUGUAUAAGGAAUCAUCCAAAGCCUUCAAAGCUACGAUUGCAAUGAGUUCCGAGUUUCCGCUUUCAGUGGAGAUGCUCCUCAAUGUUUUAGAAGUCGUAGCACCAUUCAAGCACUUUUCUAAACUUAGGGAUUUCAUUACUUUCAAACUACCCAGCGGAUUCCCGGUCAAAGUGGAAAUACCAAUAUUGCCAACUGUAACGGCAAAAAUUACAUUCCAGCAUUUUGAGUUCAGAGAUGACAUUCCCAAACACCUAUUUAUGACUCCGAAGAACUAUUUUGAAGAUCCUACAAGAUUUCCAGACUUAUGACGGCCUGAACUCCUGAACUCUUUCGAGUUGAACUAUGCUCAGAAACCACAAUUUCUCCUGCCGUAUGAUAAGCGUCAUCUGUCAGCUCGGUCGUCCAAGUUGUCCAAAAAGCUACGAAGAAACAUAGCUAGGCCAUACUCUACUGGAGAUCUAGAUACUGCUCACAACUGCUCGACAAUCAUUGUCGAAGUUCCGAUGCUCUUCACUCUAGGUAGCAUUUACAGCACCAAUUGUAUAUUAUAUUUAGAGUAAACCUUAUUGAUAGUACAAGUGGAUAAUCAGUGUAUACCGUGUAUAACAAUUCUGUGAUUCUUUAGUUUGUAAGGGUAUUUAAUUGAUAACAGUUGUAGAGAUGUGAAAAUUAUAUCAAAUUACUUUUUUCUGGUAAAAAAUUUAAAGAUGUUUCCAGUGUUUUCUCAGAUUUGAGAGUACUAGUCAAUCCGAGUGGUAAUCAAGUAAUUUAUUUCUUUCUUAGUUCAUAUAUUGAAAUCUAUCUGUAAAAUUUUGUAGGUAUUCAUGUAAUUAACAAAACUUCAUCAACAUUUUAGAAAAACACGAUGACAUGUUGAUUUUUUCAUUAAACCGGAGCACUUUUUUUCAGUGUUUGUGAGUUCUCUACUUGCACCCUCAAACUAUUUUAAUGGAGGUCUUGUAGGAUGUCACAAAGCUCUUGGUAUUAAUUUAUAGUUGUAGUUAUAUUUUAAAAUUCUGCUUAAUAGUUUUGUAAAAAAAUGCAUUUCAAAUAUAAAUUUGUUCAGCUGCCUGCUUGAUUUGACUCAACAGUGUAACCCGAUAUGAAAAAAUGUAAUACAGUCGUAACCGUUUAUGGUGACAUCACAUUCAACACUGCCCAAUACAACAGGUUAUUACAAUAUACUGCAUUAAGCCACCAUAUUUAACUCAUAUUUUAUAAGAAUAACAAGUAGUAUUUACUUACCCAUAGAUAUUAGAGUACAUUGUACAAAUGGCAAGUCAUAAAAUAUUCUAUACAAUAAUGAUUUACAGUAAAAAUUAAUAAGUUUAUAUACAAGUAAAUAGUGCAGGAAUGUUGAUGAAAUACUAUUGAUAUAUGUUAUUAGUUAUUCCACUUUGAAGCUAUUUUCAAGAAGGUAUGACUACACUGAGGUCUCAAUCUGCCUACUCCUCGGGUAAUGACACGCGAUAAGGGUUUUGUGAGUUGACGCCGGGGUCUCAAUCUGUCUACUCCCCGUGUCUCGUUACUGGCCUCCCCAAUGGGUCUCAAUCUGCCUACUCCUAAGCAUCGACUGUGGGUACACAGGUUCUGGUUCAUGUCCGUGGACGAGUGGUGUUAAUAGACAAAAUCUAUGUGGGAAGAAAAUUAGAUCAAAAUCUAUCCAAGUACCACGUAAUUUGACAUUGCUAAACUUGAUGAUGUAAAUAUACUUGGGAGUUUUUUCGUCAUGUGGAAAUUAAAAUAAUUACUUUUAUCUUCAAUUAGAAUCCGAAGAUUUUUUCACACUAUAAUUCCAUUUCGGUAAGAGGUAUGUGAAUAUUCUUGUAGAGCUCUCAGGAGUUCCUCCACAUUCUUUGACUGUUGUAUUGUUUGCAAACAUGGCGACUUUUCUAGAGGUCAAAUGGUUUGGAAGAUCAUUUACAAAGAGUAUAAAAGUCAAAAGUUCAAGAACAGACCCGUCAGGUACUCCUAAAAGAAAUUCCCCUAAAAAGGAACGAGACAUUCCAAAAAAGGAGUUUUCUUGCCGUUUACUUGUAUACAGAUAAUUCUUGCACUGACAGCAGCCAUCAUCACCAAACGGGAGAAUACCUUUCUCCAUUACUUCGUUGUUUCGCGGUCAAUGUCGUAGAGUCUGGACAUUUGAUUUGCCACAUCAACCCCUCCCAUUUUUUACAAAAUGGCUCCGGGCUCCGGGGGGAAACUUGACCUUGGACCUGGGCGACAUGGUCAUUAUGGCAAUUAUCCAACAUUAAGACCUCUUUUGUGUCUCGCCAUUUUACAAACAUCAGUUUAUCUGAGGUACAUCAAAACAUUGACUGUCUCCAUUUCAAUUUUAUCUUUGAUCACCGGCAUAUUUAUUCUCGGAAAAAUUCAAAUUACUAGGGCUGGAUAUUGUAGAAAUUUCAAUAAAUCCACGAUUGAAAUGACGUCCGGUGUUUCUAUAGUAGAUAUAAUAGUAUUGACAACCCGCUCUUCCAAGGUUCCUUCUUGUGUUUGUUCCUCUUCACCUAUGUAUAUGUUGAAGUCAUAUGUCACCAAAACAUUUUGGGACGAUUAUUAUGCUUCAGAGUGCAAGUGCCACAAAUACGAGAAAAAGGGGUUUUCCUACCAAGAAUUGACAGGUUCUUGCAUUUUUCUCAAACAUUGUUGAAGUUUCUGAUGUCUCUUGUUCCAUCAUGUAUAUAUUUUUAACUGAGCAAAAGCCUUAAUUCUCAUUAAACAGUCACCUAGGGUCUCUCAUCGUUCUUUUUAUUUAUUGACUAUUGAUAGAUAGUAUGUUCCUUGCUUGAAUGUUUGAAAUCUUUCACCUUCCAGUAGUCAGGUUAAAUUUGAUGACAUCGAUAGCUAUUAUGUUAUUCGUUUCUGUUCAAUUCAAGUCUUGUCAAAUGCACAGAGAAUUGAAACUGUCAAUUACAAAAAAAAAAUCAGGAAAUAAUAAACCAAGUUUUUUUUAUUAUUACUUUCUAAACAAAAGUUUUAAAAGUAGUUCUAAACUCUGAUUAUGAAUAUUUUCAGAGCAUAAUUAUGUAUGUUUUCGUUUUUCUAAUGGUCUUGUACUUUCAGCAUUCACAUUUACUUUCAGAAAAAUCCAGUAUUUGAAAACCAUCUCAUUUUUGUAUUGUUAGAUUUGUCUUUUCAUAUAGUUUUUUAUUACAAAAUUUUUUUUCUUGUACUUCCCUGAUGUUAUGCUAUGGUGAAUGCAUUCUUGAAAAUAUCAUAAGGUGAAGUCUACUACGCAAAUAUAGUUCUGAAAUGUUUCAUUAUGCUUCUAAGAAUUAACUGUUAACCCACCGACUUAUUUGACUGAAAUGGAAUUCUCAAAUCAUUUUACUAUCUGAGAAAGUUAUUAUUUAAAUAUCCUUACCAAUAUCCAAUACACGAAAGGUGAAACGAUAGAAAUAAUAUACAAGCUCAUUGGGGUGUUUGUUUAUAAUUUGUCUGAACAGCUCUACUAUUUUUGAAUUGUGAAUGCUUGACGUUUUCCUUGUUAUCGCAUAUAUCACCCUUUCAGUGUAUAUUAUUACCUCCUUCAGCUAUGUAAAAUAUAAAAUCAAGAAGUCAUUUUCACCGACAUAAAAAAAAAUAGUUGGAAAGUAUAUUGUAUCACAGUGGUUGAAUUGGGACUGUUUUUGUUACUGUUAUAAAACAUUAAAAGGUCAUCAGUAAUUUGUAUUUUAACAGUUGGGCUGAAAAGUUCGUUGGCUAACGUAGAAAAAAAAAUGUUUCUGGUACAUUUUGAUUUUAUUAUUCAUACAAUUUUGCGAUACAAUUUAUAUAGUAAGAUUUGUCUUUAGUCUCAAAAUAGUCCUCAGUUUCGACGAUUACUUCUUUAUCGGGGCUAAAUUUUUUUCCAGCGAGCAUUCUCUUGAGGUCUGAAAACAGGAAAAAGUUGCUGGGGGCCAGAUCUGGAGAAUACGGUGGAUUUGAAAACAAUUUUGCCACUGUUUUCAUUGAUUUGUUUCACGGUGAAUUGUUUUAAUGAAACAUAACUUUCUUUUCCUUCGAAUGGGGCCGUUUUCCGGCGAUUUCGUAAUCAGGCUCCAAUUCUGCUAUGUAUUAGUCGCUGUUAAUGGUUUUUUUCUUUUCAAGAUAGUCUAUGAAUAUUUUACCAUGCACAUUCCAAAAUACUGAUAUCAUAACCUUGUCAGCCGACUGUUGCGUCUUUGCACGCUUUGGAAUCGGUUCACCACGUGCAGUCCACUCUGAUGGCGAUCGUUUUAAUAAUAAUAAUAAUCUUUAUUUCAAAAAUAUGCCGACUAUUACAGCUUGUACAUAGACAACAUAGAAUGAAACAAUG